AUGGCGUUUAUUUGCGGCUUUUCAGAGCUAGUUGGCGAUAGCUCUUGUGGAGUCAGUUCAGAAUACCCUGAACAGUUAAAAUGUAUUCUAUUGACUGAAUGUCAAAAAGAUAUUUCCAGGCAUCUACAGAUAUAUGGUAUUUCUGAAGACCAGUCUCUUUGUAGUGAAAUGGCGUUGAUUCUUGCUCGUGCAGGUAGCAUAACUCAUAUUUCUAACAAUAUCUUUGCUAUCAUAUAUAUAUAUUUAGUGAAGAACUUUUUAAUUUCAUCAGGUAUAUUUGUAGUUGAUGAAUCGCACAAUUGUAUUACUAUAUGCCCUAAACACCGAAGCGAAUACAGGAUUCGAUGGCGAUGCCGUAGAGCGCGAUGCUCGGUACCUGAAUCCCUGGCUGCACACAAAAAUUCAAAUGUUAAAGCCAAUAAAAGAAUACUGUGCCUGCAAUCAUCACUGAUUUUGAAAAAGACAGGAUUGAUCGUAGCCGUUGGCUCACGUAAGUAUCAUUUUUGUACAUUUCCUAGAAUUAAUGCUUCGAUUCAACGCACGUUGGUUGCAUGCUCUCCUCUGUAAAAUUAAACUGCAUGUACAGUAUGCAUUUCCCGAUCGAAUAAGAAACCUGUUUACUCUGAAUAAUUGCGGAAAAUAUAAUUUAAAGUACACAAAAUUAAUAAUUUGUUUCCUGUCUGCAAGAACUAAAUAACAAAGCGCAGUGCAAAGUCAAAGAACAAAGGAAACAAUUGUGAUAGGGCUUGUGCGUAUAUUUGAAUUAUAAUAUUAAUUUUGAAACAAAUGAUAGCGAUAUUACAUUUAUUAAACGACGUUUCGAUGCUACAGCGUGCAUCAUUUUCAAGUUAUAGUAAUUACAUAUAUUGCGUUGAUUUUAAUUAAACCGUUCAAUUAUAAUAUUGAUCUAUUUAAGUAAUUAUAGUUUUUUCGUUGUAUAGCAAUAUGCAUAACAUGUGCUGCCUAUCUGAAAAGCAUUCGAGACAACGAAGCUGAAAAUGUCGAUGAAUCUGAGCCAGGUCUUAUUGAGGUAAAUAACUUACGAUUGACUGGCUGAUCCCUGCCUUUCCCAACAGCCACUUCGCGCGUCGCCUUCCUGCCUGAAUAGUUCAUGUAUUAUAUUUCAACAUUCUGGCCCUGGGUAUGAGGCAGGGCACUAUAAGGCCCUUUGGGAUCCCGAACUGCACGCAGGAUACAAAGUUAAUAGUUUUUAUUCGUUUAGUAGUGAAGAAGCGCUAAUAUGUCAUCACAACAAAUCAUUCGAAAAGUUGAACGACUUUUUAUUAGUUUCUAAUAUUCCUCCCAUUCAAAGACGAUGGAUGAGCUGGGAUGAAAUAAGUGAGAAAACAAGGCAACGAUAUACAAGGAGAGGUGCUGAAAUUCUAGCUGCUGUUCUUCAAACCAUAUCUCCUGAAAAUGCUGGAUCGAUUUGGCAGGCUGUAUCGUCAUCUUCUACAAUCAAUAGGCUUUUUGGUAUAAGUGAAGUUACAAUGGCUGACCAACGUUAUUUAAAUGUUUUAGCUGAAUCAUAUAAGAAUGCGUCGAGCUGGGAAACCCGCAAGCAAAUCCUAUCUAUAAUGACUGAUUUAGCAAGCUAUUCUGUAAUCUCAUCCUUCAUUCCAGGUAUCACUAAAUACAGAUACACGGCAGCAAAUUUACAUCGUUUGCAGUUCGGUCACGGUGUUCCAGUUCCUGCCCAAACAUCCGUUCGUGUCAGAGUAGAUUUAAAACAGCUUGACCACUUCCUAUCAUUUAUAACUAGCCCACAUUUGGUUCAAGAUCUUCCUUUUGGUCAAAAGCACCUCACGCUUUCAUCUGGCAAAAUCUUAGAAGUACCUAAUGUGAUACGUACAAUGAUACCACGACGGAUUGUAGAACAGUACAGUAGAUGUUGCGAAGAAACUAAUUUUCAACCAUUUAGCGAAAGUACAAUGGUUCGCGUAUUAUCAGAAUGCAGUGCGUCUGUCAGAAAAUCACUUCAAGGUCUUGAUUAUUUCGCUGCAGAUGGAUCACGGGCCUUUGACGAGCUAUUGGCACUAAUUCCCAAGCUUGUUGAAUAUGGUGCUACAGAUAGGGAAUGGGAAGUGAAAACAGCAGAAAAUCUAAAGACAGCCAGACUUUACUUGAAAGGAGAUUUUAAGGUACACUAGACAAAAAUUAUUACUUACAUUCGUCAUAAGGGACUGCUCAAAAAGUACAGGAGAUUGGGUCUUAGGCAUUCCCCUAAUUUGAAACUGAAAACGUCCCAUAAUAUAGCAUUCACAUUCCCCCACCGAAAAUUUUGUUUCCCGGCUCUCUUUAAAAGGAAAAAAAUAGGGAGUUGCCCAUCCUAUUUGUGGCCAACAAGGGGUGGGCCAGGAAACGAAAUGCACCAUGCCAAAGAGGGUUUGCCAGCCACCUAUUGCACUUUAUAUAGACCAAUAUUUUUUUUUUAAUCAUUUUCCUACCAGGUGCAUCUUGACAAUGCUGAUGAAGUAGCAGAUCACUGUUUAGUCCUUUCCCUUAGUGACAGUGGAGAUACUGACUUCCAGGAAAAAUGUAAUCACAAACACGAUGCCGUUUGUGAGCAGUGCCUAGCUCUUGAAGAAACUUUGAAAGACGUCGAAGGAUGCUUCAAAGCGGCAGAGUUUCCAUCCGUUGAUGAGAGAUGA